AUAGGUUUUGAUACUUAGUAUUACUGCCGUUGUACUUGACAUUUUAUACGAUCACUAAAUAACAUAACUAUCGUUAUUUCAGUGAGGACAAAAGCGACUUGACUGACUCUCGUCUUGACAAACAAUCAGACAUAGAUAGAAAUGUAAUUGAUGACAGUUAUAAAAACAAACGAUCUUCGAGAAGAAAAAGGGAAGCAGUGAAUGGAACAGUUGCUGUAACUAACAUUAAUUCAACGUUAGGUACACCAAAAAUGUCAAACAGGAAUGAUGAAGAUACAGAAGAUUAUGUAGAAACACAUACUGAAUUUUAUUCAGAUGAAAUUGAUGGGUCUAGUGAGGAUAGUGAACGUGGUAAAAGACAAGUUCGUCACGGAAGACAUUAUUACAAAGACGGAAGCUAUAAAAAUGUUGGAAAGAACUGGGCUAGUCCUAAACCAAUAAAAUAUACCGAUAUUCCUCAAUAUAGUUUUAAUACACAGUCAAAUUUACAGGGCAAUCGGUAUCAGUCUUCAUUUAAUAGUCUGAAUAACAAUAACCCAUUCGAAGGAACCCGGAAGCCUUUUUUCGAUGAAAACUCAUUUUCUACUGCGAAUCCGUUCAUUUCAUUCCAAAAAGACACUCAAUCCCAGAGGCCAUUUAAAGCCAGUUUGCCAGACCCAAGGCAAAAAAAUACAUAUAAUCCUAUAAAUCCAGCAACUCAAAUAAUAACUAAAAGUCCCCCGAUAUCCUCAUUAAAUAGCAAUGAUAAUCCGUUUGCUUCAUUGGCUGGAGGUUUUUACAACAAUAACCCUCAGCAAAGUAAUAGUUACAACUACAAUCAGCAAUCGAAUAAACAAAGUGUGAACUCCAACCAUAAUAAUAGUCCAUCUAAUCACAACUCAUUUGAUUCCUCUCAUGUAUCCAGUACAGUAGUAACCGGAAAACCAGUAUUACUGCAAACGCCGAGAGAACCAACAAAGUACAGAAAUAGCCCUGAUAUCACAAAAUUUUACAUCAAUAACUUUAAGAAUACCAGGGAUCAAUCGACAAAUAAUCCAUUUCUAAGACCGAAUCGUUUACCUACAAAAGAAUUUGAAAACCUGAAUAAUCAAGAUGAUGAUGAAGAAAACUCUUCCGAAGAGGAUGCAUCAGAUGAUGAUGAACUUAGUAAUAAAAAUGUUUUUCCGAAACCACCUUACGAGUUUACUCACCCUGGAAAUAAAUAUGCAGACAUACAAAAUCCAUUUGCUGAUCCUAACUUUGACUUUGAUGAGUUUUUAGCUAAAUUAAGAGGUGAUCAUGAAAAAAUCAGAGGUUCAACAUCUCGGCCUAGCUAUAACAACCCAUCUGGAACUAAAACAAUCAACUCUCCUGUAGAUGCCACCACAUCUUCGACAAGGCCGUCUAAGUUGAACUAUCAUGGUAUGAGUACUCCACGACCAUUUAGUAUGCCUACUGGAGCAAGUGCGCAAUGGCCAAAUGAAAAUGCAAAUAUCCAAACAACAACUCCGCAAUCCGUACAUUACGAACCAAUAAUUCAAAGACCAUCCCAGCAUCAAGAUAAGGAAACCUACGGAGAACAGCAACAUAGACAACAACAAGAACAUUUCCGUCAACAGCAGCAAAAUGCAUUUAGUCAAAAUAUAUUUAACAGACCCCAGCAACAUAAUUCAAAUCCUCUGUCAGGACCAACUAAGACACAAUUAAAACCACCAAAUUUUAACGAUGACCGACAACUACCAAUAAAUUAUAAAUUUAACCAAGCUCUUCAAAGUAAUAUAAGAACUUCUACAGAGAAACCUCAAUAUAAAGAUGAAAAUAAAAAUAACCAACUAUUCCUUGGCACUCAAAAACCGUACGUUAUUGUAACGGGUACAGGGUCACCAAUUUAUUUUACUUCACCCAAACAACAAUAUUUUAGUACGGGGAAACCCUACUCUGUGUCAAGCUUCAAACCUCAAAAUCCAUUCUAUGCCGUCAAACCAUCAACUCCAAAACCACUAACAACGAUAGCCAAUGAACAGUUAUCAAUACUGCAGCAGUUUUGGAAUAAAAAGCAGGAGGAGUUCUCUUCGCGACCGGCACAACCAACCACUACGUCUUCUGCGAUAUCAAAUCAUCAAAAUUCUUAUGGACAUGGUACCAAAUCAAGUACUCCAGCGUACAACAAUGGAAAAAAUCAUUUUGUUUUGGCAUAUUCUCCAAGACCUGCUAGUGCGACAACAAAAGCACCUUCAACAAGAAAACCCAUUCCUAAACCGUCGCCUGAAAUGAGCGAUUAUUAUUACGACGACGAUGAACAAUAUUAUUACGAACCACCAGUAAAAUCUCAAUACAUGCCUAGUUCUGAAGUAAGACCGCAAAGGCCAAAGAUGGCACAAAAUUAUCAAGAAUACGAAGAUAGCGAUAGUUAUGAGGACGAGUCUCCAGAAAAUAAUCAACAGCAGCCAUACAGACGGCCUGCUAAUUAUAAUAAGUAUAAAACGGAUUCCUCAACGAAAACCUAUAAUGACAUAACUAUUGUAGUGACGAAAGCUCCUCCUAAGGAAACGACAAAGACAUAUAUUAAAAACAUGGGAAAUUCAAAUUCUUCACCUUCACCAACCCAAAACCUACUCAACCGGCCUGAAGUGUCAAAUUACAAAGUACUUCACUAUCCUCUUAGAAAUAAAACAAUGCACAUCAAAAGACCAGAAUCUGGGCCUCACACAAUGAAACCACCGAAAUAUUUAAACCAGACUACUUUGAGGCCUUACACAGUUAGGCAUAGAUUAGCUAAGCCGACCACUGUGCAGACUCAAAUGACUCAAACCACUCCGAGUCAGGAUAUGAAGUCAACCAGAGGGCGGACCAGACAUCCAAACAUUGUCACUCAAACUAGAUUGACAACUCCUCGCGACAGUCAUAACCAAGAGACUCGUUACACUAAGACCCAACAUGACGAUAAGACCAACAGUCUGGAGCCAACAGAAAGUGUGACCCCGAUACAGUUCUCACCCAGUCCAAGACCGAAAAUGCUCUAUAACGGAUCUCAGAGCUACAACCCUGACCAAUACGACCCGUACUAUGCAGUCUAUGACGAAGAUGGCGAGCUUUACAAAGACACUGACUAUGUGCAGCAAUAUAAUUUGGCUUCGCUCCGACCUGCAGUCCAGCAGACCUACCGUGGCACCCCGCCCCCUGCCAGGAGACCUGUUGAAACCUAUACUCCGAGACCAACUAUAGCAUCUAAUGACUAUGACGAAGAAGUCCUACAAGGCCAGAUCAACAACCAAAAUCAAUACCAGACACCACUUCGCCAUUCGACUAGGGGCGAAGGUAACGAAUUGGGAUUCGAAAUUAAUCCUACGACUGGGAGGACAACGGUGUACGAAGCUCCUAUAACCACCACUCCUCCGACUACUACUAGCACAAGCACCACCACUACGACACAACGUCCAACUGUCGCACCCUUCACUGAAGCAAUGAUCCCGUCUCGAUAUUCCACAAGAUCAUCUACAGAAAAAACCCCUGUACCAAAUCCCGACUUAUCCCUAUCCAACAGACAGUUGUCAUAUAAUAAAUCCCUAACAUCCGUCCCUGUGACUUCUCCUCCAAUUGUAAAUUUUUCAUCCUUAGCCAAACCAUUUGAGAAAACUGACAACACUUACCGACUGAAAGACACAUUUACAUCAACUGAAAGACUAUUAGACCGUUCGGACGAAGUUGACAAAGAAAUUGUGGAAUCGGUACAAAUAAAUCCUGAUAAUAAUAAUGACAAAAAGGUUGUUUCACUAACUUCUGGAUUUUCUAUUCGCCGUAGUCCAAACAAUACGCAUAAUCCUUCUUAUACUUUGACAGUACUAACAAAGCCAUUUGAUAGUUAUAAAAGAUCGCGAGAUAUAUUAAAAAAUAAAAAUACAAAUACCGAUUCAAAUAGAUAUUACUAUGAAAGCGAUAUUAAUGGAAACAAUGAUGCAAGAAAACAGGAUCGUGCAAUUAAUAAUAGAUUUGAAGAUAAAGGUUCUUCAGAAAAUUCAAUGCGCAGAACAGAUUCAAGCGAAGACAUUAUAACUGAUGAAAAGGAUCAGCCAAUUUAUGUCAGACCUACAGCUAAACUUCGAGUUAUUGAGCCAAGAGUUAAAGUAUCUACAGCUCCAACAACGACAUCUUCCAAGUUUUUCUUAAAAACUGUCAUUAAACGACCUGUACCGUUUUCUUUAAAUAAUGAUGAAGCUGAAGUAUCGACUGAAAAUAGUAUUGAUACUGAAGUUCUUAUUGAACAAGGUUUAGAAAAUGCUAAAAAUGAUUAUUAUAAUAAUAAGAACACCAGUUUUAAUGAGUCUCCUAGCUGGGACCAAUAUGAUAAUUCCAAGGAAUCAUGGGAUCUGCCAUCUGUGGGCCCAUACCAUAGUCUAAAUGACUAUAAAAAUAACUACGACAAUGAACAAGACUAUGUUUUAGAUUCCGCUUCCACUUCUACUACUACUACCACUUCAACGACCACAUCAGCCCCGCUUAUUAUAUCGCUUCACCCAGCGGAAAAUAAAAAUAAAAACGAAAUUGAUCGCUCAGGGGUACCAUCUACAAAACCCUCAUAUUAUACAUAUCGGGUAUUAGAGGAUCAUGUAAGACCAGAUCAGACUACAGAAAUCUUUAGCACAAAAGCCAAAAGUAUUCUAAAAGCUUUUAUAAAUAACUUUGUCAGUACACCUAAACCUAGGCAACACAUUCAUAUUAUUAAUUCAACACCUAGAACCACUACAACUGAACCUGAAAAGGUGGUGAAUAUUGGCUUUCAUAAGAAACAAUUCAAAUAUGUAGAUAAUAAUCAACCUUUGAAAAGUAACUUUCAACGAGUGCAAAUUAUCACUGAACCGACUGAAAGAAGAUUUAUUAAUCCUACAAUUGAAACAAUUGGUCAUACUGAACCUGGAAUACAUAGAGAUCGUGUAACAUCCACUACGCAAGAGCCUGUAACUGUACAGAAUUUCGAAACAACAUCAACUAUGCAAGAGAGCACGACGAAUAAUCAUUAUUACCACACCCCAAGUAAAGAAAACUAUAAGUCAAGAUUUAGUAGUUUUACAAAAGAAAAUGAAAACUCUCAAAAAUUCCAAAAAAUGGUAUCUGAGAUACCAGCCACUGAAAGCGUGGCUGAUGUCCGUGAUAGCUAUAGUAACAAUAAUGAGGAUAAUGAAUUGACUAAAUUUACUGGAACCAAUUUUGAAUCUGUUAAAGACCAGACUGAUUCCGAGCGUGAUUUACCAACUCAUCACGUUACCUCAACGACAACGAGGACUACAAAAGUGACGACUAUUAAAUCUUUAGAUCCGACAACCUCGACUAAGAGCUUAUCCUUCCCUACACGCGCUUCGCGAGUCAAUCCCGCCAUAAAGUUAGCUGCGACAAACCCGGGAGGUGGGCGCAGGAGUUACCAAUCGUCGUCCAAAUGUUCGACAGACAACAGUCUGCAAGAAAAUCCGAAAUGCAACGAAAUCAAAUACCAGAGGCCGAGCCCAACCCGCGGCCGCGGCUCCGCACACUACUCCACCAGCGGAGGCGGCGCCGAGCCCCCGCAGCCCGCGCAGGCCCCGCAGCAGACCAACAGGGGAACACCACCAACCCGCAGCCGCCCUACCCUGAAGCCUUCAACGUCGAUUGUGUCAAAAUCGACGGAGUUUGUUGACAUCUACUCGUACCCCCCGCGGCGGCCGUCGGCCGUGUACCCGCAGCCCACUCCCGACAAGACCGCAGCCAAGUGCAGGAAGGAUGUGUGUCUCCUGCCUGACUGCAACUGCGGUGGAAAGGAAAUACCUGGUGAUUUAUCAGCUGACUCAGUACCCCAAAUGGUAUUAAUAACAUUCGACGACGCGGUGAAUGAUCUCAAUAAAAUGUACUACGAAGAAAUAUUUGAAAGAGGGCGAGUCAAUCCCAAUGGAUGUCCUAUAACUGGGACAUUCUAUGUUUCCCACGAGUGGACCGAUUACAGUCAAGUCCAAAACCUAUACGCAGAUGGCCACGAAUUUGCUUCACAUACCAUAUCACAUAGCUUCGGUGAACAAUUUUCACAAAAGAAAUGGAACCGAGAAGUAGGUGGCCAAAGAGAGAUAUUGGCGGCUUACGGAGGAGUAAAGCUUGAAGACGUCAGAGGCAUGCGAGCACCUUUCCUCUCUGUAGGUGGAAACAAAAUGUUCAAAAUGUUAUACGAUUCCAACUUCACAUACGACUCGUCUAUGCCAGUAUAUGAGAACCGACCACCGAGCUGGCCAUACACUCUGGAUUACAAACUGUUUCAUGAUUGCAUGAUUCCUCCUUGCCCGACCAAAUCAUACCCUGGUGUUUGGGAAGUUCCUAUGGUGAUGUGGCAAGAUUUGAAUGGUGGUCGAUGCUCUAUGGGAGACGCUUGCGCCAAUCCCCCGAAUGCUGAAGGUGUCUACAAGAUGUUAUUGAAGAACUUUGACAGACAUUACACCACCAACAGGGCCCCGUUCGGUCUUUUCUACCACGCCGCGUGGUUCACACAACCCCACCACAAGGAAGGCUUCAUCAUGUUCCUGGAUUCAAUCAACCGAAUGAACGACGUCUGGAUCGUCACUAACUGGCAGGCUCUGCAGUGGGUCAGGGACCCCACGCCUAUCAACAGACUCAACAACUUCCAGCCUUUCCAGUGUGAUUACCCUGAUCGACCCAAGAAGUGCAACAACCCUAAAGUCUGCAACCUUUGGCACAAAUCUGGAGUUCGAUACAUGAGAACGUGUCAACCCUGCCCCGAAAUCUAUCCGUGGACCGGAAAGACUGGAAUCAGAUCAUCACGCAUUGACAAUGACAUCGAGGAAUAAAAUAAUGUUUCUCUUAAAAAUAAGAUUAAUGGUAGAAAUUGUACCAAUGCAAAGAAAUGAUUCAAGAUUAUACGAUAAAAUUUCUGAUACGACUUUAUAAAAUAUUCUGAUGAGGUCGUAAGGAAAAUAAGUAUCAUUUCUUGGCAUAUUAUUCUCAUCAGUUAAAAUUGUUUUGUCACCAACUAAAAGAGUGCCAUUUAUAUUUGAUGGUCACAAAACAUAUUUUGAUAUUACUAGUAUUUUUGUUCUAGUUCAAUGUACCUAGUUUGGAGGUUUGAUGAUUGUGAUUAGGAUAGCUGUUUUUGAUGUCAUAUCUUUCGAUUUUUCUUCAGCUGUAGCAGUCCAUGGUAUAGUGUAUUGGGAGCUGUGAUAUGUGUUAGAGAUAGUCUAGAUGUCAUUGACAGCAUAAAAGUUUUGAAUUAUACACCUUAAAUGUGUUAUAAUUUAUAAUACUAUAAUUAUAAUUUCUUGAUCGACAAGACCGCAAUAACGAAACGUUUUUUCAGGCGAUAUAUAAUUUAGAAAAAUGUUAACCUAACGUAUUUAUAUUUUAUUAAAAUUAUAUCAAACUUCAGAAACAUUUAAGUUUUAUAAACAUGAAAAAUUUAUUGAGUAUUUUUCUUAUCAUAUAUUAUAUACUUUUGAACAUCUAUGAAUUCAAAGCCAUAUUCUCAAUUAACAUGAUUUUGGAUCUUGCCAGCUUUGUGGUUAACACUGGCUUUUAUAUUUUUAUAAUUUGUAUAUACAUAAAUGACCUAUAGUUUUACUGCUUAAUUUAAGUAGAAUGUAAGAUUUAAUGUAAGAAAUAGCAUGUUUCAUUUGAAAUAUUUACCAUGACUAGUAGCAAAGUAGUUUAUAGCAAUGAGAUAAUUUUAAUUCCUAUGAAAACAAUUCUCAAACUUUAAAUAUAACAAUUACCUAUCGGAUUCAUUUCAAUGUUACAUAGACGUCUGCAUACAUCGCUGCGAGGUGAUGUGACACAUGUCUAUGCGACUGCUAAAUCGCUGCAUCACAGACAUUUUUUUUCAAAAUUUACGUAUUCUAAACUGUCAGACUAAAAUAUCAGCGCAACGCAACAGUGCAAAGAUGCGUUUUGUUCCUUAUUUCAUUUUAUAUUAUCGUUUCAUAUUCAUGUCAAUGCGCUUGCUCUAUUUAAUAUCGUAGUUAAUUAUACUAGUUUCUAAGAAUCUUGUUUGUAAAUAUAGGGUUAGUAUUUAAAUUUUCUAAAUUUGUAAUUUUAUCUAAUUUGUUUAUUUGACUUUUUAUACUUUAAAAAUGAUCAAGCUCUGACACUGAUUCGUAACCUAUUGUGAAAUAUAUUAUGUAAAACGAGAAGUUCGUUAUUUUUCUUACAAAUCGUCAUUUGAGGGACCAACCAGUGCUGCGUAUAAUAAAAUGCUAAAAAUAUUUUUAAA